UGUUUUCACUCAGGUGCUUUUGUUGAUGAGAGUUGUGUCUAACAUCUUGGAGAAUCAGUUGAAAUGGUGGAGUCUUCUGGGAGAACAAAGGGGAAGCUAAGAUGGAGCAAAUUGUAUUCUUUUUCGUGUUUCCGGGCAAACACAGGAGAUGUGCAGGAGCUUAUUGGUCAGCCGGGUUUUUCCAGGGUAGUUUUCUGCAAUGAACCUCAACUACACAAGACCAAACCUUUCAAGUACACCAACAACUAUGUGUCCACAACUAAGUACAAUGUUGUGACUUUUCUUCCCAUAGCACUUUUCGAGCAGUUCCGCAGAGUUGCCAAUCUUUAUUUUCUGUUGACAGCAUGCUUAUCUGUUGUUAAUUUGGCUCCAUAUUCUCCCUCAAGUUUGAUCGCCCCCUUAGUCUUCGUUGUCGGAAUUAGCAUGCUUAAAGAGGCAGUGGAGGAUUGGCAAAGGUUUCUUCAGGAUUUGAGUGUGAAUAACAGAAGUGUAAAGACUCAUUUAGGAAAUGGGAUAUUUGUGGACAAAUUAUGGAAAGAGCUUUGUGUGGGAGAUGCUGUUAGAGUUAGUAAGGAUGAAUAUUUUCCAAGUGAUCUCCUUCUUCUAUCUUCAAGCUACGAGGAUGGUGUUUGUUAUGUGGAGACCAUGAACCUUGAUGGAGAAACAAGUUUGAAGAUUAAAAGAUGCUUAGAAACCACACUUGGUGUAAAUGAGGAGAAGGAAUUCACUAGAUUCAAAGCUAGUAUUCGUUGUGAGGACCCGAAUCCAAAUCUUUACACCUUUGUGGGGAAUCUAGAGUUUGAAAAUAGAUCAUAUCCCUUGUGUCCUGCCCAGGUGCUUUUAAGAGAUUCGAAACUUCGAAACACUGAUUACAUUUAUGGAGUAGUAAUCUUUAGUGGACAUGAUACAAAAGCAGUAAGAAACUCAACAAGAUCACCAUCUAAGCGUAGUCGGAUUGAAAGAAAGAUGGAUUAUAUCAUCUACCUUCUCUUCUCAAUACUGGUACUAAUUUCAUUCAUUAGCUCCAUUGGUUCUGCUCUUGUUUUGAAAUAUGACAUGGUUAAGUGGUGGUAUCUUCGUCUGCAAAAUGAUGACAGAUAUUUCAAUCCAUCAAAUCCUGUAGUAUCAGCUAUCCUGCAGUUCAUCAGGGCCCUCAUAUUGUAUGGCUACUUGAUCCCCAUUUCUCUGUAUGUUUCCAUAGAAGUUGUGAAAGUUUUACAAGCUAUGCUCAUUAACAAGGAUAUAGAAAUGUAUGAUGAGGUGACAUGUAAGUCUGUUAAAGCACGAACUUCAAAUUUGAAUGAAGAACUGGGUCAGGUAGAAAUGAUUUUAUCAGAUAAAACGGGGACCUUGACUUGUAACCAGAUGGAAUUCAGGAAAUGUUCAAUUGCAGGAAUUUCUUAUGGAGGUGACAUAAAUGAAGUUGAUCUUGCAGCAUCAAGACGAAUGAAUGCUGAUGUCGAGGCAUAUCGAUUUAGUGUUAAUGAUUCUGAUACAACAAGUCAAAGCUGCGAAAUGUUUGAGUUCUCGGUGGCUGAUAUUAAUGCUCAAAAGGCUGCUCCAGGGGGCCAUGAAGACAUGGAUAUUCCAAUUCUUGAAAACUCAAAGAUUUCUAAUGUGAGGAAAGAAAUAUUUAUAAAGGGUUUCAACUUUAGGGAUGACAGGUUACUGAACAAGAACUGGAUUCACAAAUCGAACUCAAAUGACAUGACAAUGUUCUUCAGAGUCAUGGCUCUAUGUCACACAGGCAUACCUGUGGAAGAUGAUCAUACUGAUAAGCUAAAAUAUGAAGCAGAAUCACCAGAAGAAGUUGCUUUCUUGAUUGCUUCACAAGAGUUCGGGUUCCAAUUUUGUCGAAGAGCUCAAUCCACAAUGGUUCUAAAGGAAGUUGAUCCUUCCUCCGGAAAGGAGAUGGAGAGGGAGUACAAGCUUUUAAAUCUGUUAGAGUUCAGUAGUUCUCGGAAAAGGAUGUCGGUAAUUGUAAGUGAUGAAGAUGGACAGAUCUUUCUCCUUUGCAAAGGGGCUGACAGCAUUAUAUUCAGCAGGCUUGGAGAAAACGGUAGGUCAUACCAGCAGGAAACAACUUCUCACCUUUCAAGUUAUGCAGAAGAUGGUUUACGUACUCUAGCUUUCGCCUAUCGAAAACUUGAGGAGAGUGAAUACCAAAAUUGGAACUUGAUAUUCACAAAGGCUAAAACUACAGUAGGUCCUCAACGGGAGGAGUUACUAGAGAAAGCAUCAGAAAUGAUUGAAAAAGAUCUGAUUUUGCUUGGGGUAGCCGCUGUUGAAGACAAGUUACAGAAAGGGGUUUGU